AUAAAAAGCCAGCAAUCAUCAUCCUCCCAAAAAGACUCCAUUUUCUCCCAAAGUUUUCAGAGCCAUUGAAGAAAGUAGAAGGGAAAGCUAAAAAGAACACACCCACCAUACAAAGUCUUCUUCUAUUAAAGCAACUACAAACCAUACUACGCACUACAAACACUCGCGCAAAAAACAAUUCACUCACUUGUUAGUUACAUAGUCUUUACAGACUUUGGCUACGGUUACCAAUAAUCCUCUCUUUUUCCCAGAGAAAUGAAAGUGCCCUUUUCCUCUAAUGACAACGUGAGUUCAAAACCAUUGAUUAGCAAUAACAACAACAACAACAACCUCCGGAACGCUACUUUUCCGGCCGCCACCAACGGCCCUAAUUUGUGCUACGAACCCAAAUCAGUCCUCGAACUCCGCCGCAGUCCCAGCCCUAUCGUUGAGAAGCAGGUGAUAACAAAUCCUGAUUUCUCCGCCCUUUGCGGCGGCGACGAUCCUCUCCAGCUAGGUGAUCAUGUUCUGAGCAACUUCGAAGAUUGGGAUUCUUUGAUGAGAGAACUUGGCUUACAAGACGAUUCUGCUUCACUUUCAAAAUCUAACAACCCUCAACUCAGCCUUACACAAAGCGAGUCGCUGACUCAAUUCCAUAACCUCUCUGAAUUCUCAGCUGACUCGACUCAGUUCCCUACAUCUGAUUUUUCUUUCUCUGAGAAUUUCCCUCAGCAAUUUCAAUCAGUGAAUCAGGGAAAUUUCAGUAACGCCCUUGAUCUCUCCGGUGAUAUCCACCAGAAUAAUUGGAACGUAGGAUUUGAUUACGUGGAUGAGCUCAUUCGUUUCGCUGAGUGCUUCGAAGCCAACGCGUUCCAGCUCGCACAUGUGAUACUGGCACGGCUCAAUCAACGGCUCAGAUCCGCCGCCGGAAAACCUCUCCAACGAGCUGCCUUUUACUUCAAGGAAGCACUCCAAGCCCAACUCGCUGGGUCAACUCGGCAGACUCGCCCUGCCAGCUCAUCCGACGUGAUUCAGACCAUCAAAUCCUACAAAAUUUUCUCAAACAUAUCUCCAAUCCCUAUGUUUUCCAGCUUCACGGCGAAUCAAGCCGUGCUUGAGGCAGUCGACGGCUCGAUGCUAGUUCACGUCAUCGACUUCGACAUCGGACUCGGAGGCCACUGGGCUUCCUUCAUGAAAGAGUUAGCUGAUAAAGCCGAGUGUCGUAAAGCCAACGCGCCGGUUCUUCGAAUCACGGCUCUAGUUCCUGAAGAGUACGCUGUGGAAUCGAGGUUAAUCAGGGAAAAUUUAACACAAUUUGCUCGUGAACUCAAUAUCGGUUUCGAAAUAGAUUUUGUGCUAAUUAGAACUUUCGAGUUGUUAUCCUUCAAAGCAAUAAAGUUCAUGGACGGAGAGAAGACAGCGGUGCUUUUAUCCCCCGCUAUCUUCCGACGGAUCGGGUCAGGGUUUGUUAACGACCUCCGUCGUAUUUCCCCUAACAUGGUGGUACACGUAGACAGCGAAGGGCUAAUGGGUUACGGAACGGCGUCGUUUCGUCAGACGGUGAUUGAUGGGUUGGAAUUUUACUCUACGUUGCUGGAAUCACUAGAAGCAGCAAAUAUUGGUGGCGGAAAUUGUGGGGAUUGGAUGAGGAAAAUUGAGAAUUUCGUGCUGUUUCCGAAGAUAGUGGAGAUGGUGGCGGCAGUAGGGCGGCGAGGAGGUGGUUCGUGGAAGGAUGCGAUGGUGGCUGCCGGAUUCCGGCCGGUGGGAUUAAGCCAGUUUGCGGAUUUUCAAGCUGAUUGUUUGUUGGGGAGAGUACAGGUUAGGGGAUUCCACGUGGCAAAGAGACAAGCGGAGAUGUUGCUGUGCUGGCAUGAUAGGGCCCUAGUAGCCACGUCAGCUUGGAGGUGUUAAUAAUAAAAACUACUAACCCUAAACUAGUUGUAAUAAUAGCAGUGAUUUCGAUCUUUAGCUAUAUGGUUUUAGUUUUAGGGGUGGGGGUAGCAUAACAACAGCUAAAACUCAAAAGAAACUUUCAGAAGUCGCAUGUUUUUUUUUUUUGCUUUUUGUUUUUCUUAAUUGUGUUGGUACUAUCUUUUUUGUAAUUUUGUAGCUUAAUUUCGAGUCUCAGGUUGGUCUCUCUAAUUAGUGGAUAAUUGCAAUGUGUGUAACUUUUUCGCUGUUAAUUUCAAAGAAAUUUCCCAGCGAA